AUGCGCUACACAUACGCCACCGCAUUCGCAGCAUUGGCUGCCGCUGUCCCAGUCAUCGAUGUCGAGAAGCGACAGUCGGCCAUCAACGACGGUGUCAUCCUCAACUACGCGUUGACCCUCGAGCACCUGGAGAACGCAUUCUACAAGGAGGGUCUCUCGAAGUUCAGCGAUGCCGACUUCAUGGCAGCUGGCGUGAACCCAGGUUUCUACAACAACCUGAAGCAGAUCAGCUCCGAUGAGGAGACUCACGUCACCUUCCUCACGACAGCGCUCAGCGGUGCUGGUGUCACCCCAGUGCAGGCAUGCACCUACAACUUCGGCGCCAAGGAUGCAGCAACAUUCCUCGCCAUUGUCAACGUCCUUGAGGGUGUCGGUGUCAGCGCGUACUUGGGAGCUGCCCAGUUCAUCAUGAACAAGGACUACCUCACUGCUGCCGGCUCUAUCCUGACCGUCGAGUCUCGCCACUCGGCAUACCUCCGCGAGAACCAGUCGCCAAAGCAGUCUCCAUUCCCAUCUGCUUUCGACAUCCCACUCAGCUUCAACGAGGUUUUCAGUUUGGCAGCUGGUUUCAUUACUGCCUGCCCUCAAGGCAAGGACGGAUCUUUGGGUCUCCCAGUCAAGGCAUUCCCAGCCCUCACCGUCACCCCAGCUGGCGUUGCCCGACCAGGCGACAAGCUCACCGUCGUCGCCGCUGAUGGCGCCCCAGCUUCCACCAACGCAUGGUUCAUCACAUCUUCCGGAGCCGUCCCUGCACCAAUCUCUGGCCAGUCCGUCACCGUUCCAGCCGAUGCGCCAAAGGGCCAAUCCUACCUCGUCCUCACCAAGGACGAAAAGACCCCAACUGACGACAGCAUUGCCGCAGGCCCAGCUGUCGUUCAGAUCGCCGACAACGCUGAUGGUCAGAGCUACGGUGGUGCCAUGCCACCUGCAUCUGGUGGUAACGGUGGCAACGGUGGCUCUUCCCCAGCUGCUCCAUCUUACGGCACCUACGGCUCAUACGGCAAGUACGACCAAGGUAGCUACGCCAGCUACGGCAAGUACAACUAA